UUGCUUGUGGUUGCUUAGUAACUGCUGAAAUGGUUGUGCGAGAGUUUUGUAUAUAUAUGAAAAAGAUAACACCAGCGUCUUAGUUGCUUUGAAAUUAGUCACGUUUGGUUUUUUAUUCUGCAGUCUGCAAAAAAUGGAAGAACCUCCAACAGCCUUUGAAAAUUUUUUAGAGUUUCAAAAGCUGACUGCCUGGCCCAUCACCCUUGAAGAAGAUCUACAAAUAACAGGAGAACUAGCAGUUUACAGAUCACCUAAUGCUAUUGCAGAUUAUCUCUGUAAAAAUGCACCCUUUCCAAUGGAGGUUAUUGAUUCUAUGGAGCAAAGGUUCAAUACAGUAUCCUCACAGUUAGAAGAACAUGCUUCAAAAAUACUGAUCUGUAAAACAAAACCCAAGAUCAAAGGCCAACCAUCGGAGAGUUUUCUGAAAGGCAUUUCAGAUGCUCUAACUGGGUCAUGCCGACAGCUCAGAAAGCAUGACAAGUCUUCCUGAGUGAUUACCUAAUGUUAUCAUCCAUGAUGAAAACGCUGGAAAACAGCAUUUUAAUGCAUACAGUUUUAUCGUCUUAUAUAUAUAUAUAUUCUUUUUUACAUUUGUUUUAGAAAGCUACAGCUAUAACAAGAAAUCCAAAUGUUAUGGUACGUCUGCUGUGAAAAUAUAAUCUAAGUAAAUACUGUGGCAAAUUCAAAUUAUAUUUAAAUGUUGUUUUGCAUUAGACUUUUGUUUUUUU